CGCACAGUCAUAGCAGAAAGGAAGGAAGUAGACACGGCAUGAAGUUCUUCAUAGCUUCGUGUGAGUUAUAUGAAGUUUGUCGAUUAUGUUGAUGUAUUAAGAGUGUUUUAUCUUGAAGGUUUAACUUGUAUUAGUGUCCCAAUCCCCGCACUGUGAAAACCUGCCAAUGUAUGUGCGCGUCAGGAUGAGAGAGUGGGGAUUCCCCAGAAAAUGAGACUAUCGCUGCUUGUAUGUAUUUUUGUACUUUGGAUACUUCUUUAUCAUGUUUGUUCAACUUUCCAUUUCAAUUCGGGAUCAAAUUAAUAUGCAGAUUUAAAUCAUAGCGAUUGCAAGUGGGCAAAAGUGAAAUUCAAGUUCAACACAUUCGAAGGGAAGGAUCCCAACAUCCGGAUGAAAUGAAAGCUACAGUAUGUAGGACCACUGCUGAGAUACUUUAUUCAUCUCCAAGAUAAUUCACAUCUUAUCUAUUAACAUUUUUUAACCAGAGUUACUUACUAUCAAAGUAAUUAACUAAUUAAUCAUGUUUAAUUAUAUAUUUUUUUUAUAAAUCUGGUUAUUUUUUCAUGUCCAUAAGAAACAACAGAAAUUUCAUUAGCCUAACAAAUUAGCCUCAAGCUAUAUUGUGUGUGAGACCCACACAAUAAACCAAUAUACACUUCCACUGUCCUCUUUAUUCACAACAACCAGCGUUAUAAAUGUACAACAUUUUUAUGGCACGUACCUGUCUUUGUUUUUGGGGAACUUGAAAAAUGACAAAUCUGGUCUUUUGGAUCGUCUAUCAGAGCAAUUAAUGGCUGAGAACUGUGCCGAAGACAUGUUUACAAUGCAAUGUUUCUGGAUUGUGCUCACCAUCAUGGCGGCCAAACCCGAAACUACGGAAGUGGGUGUCACUCAACACAUCCAUUUUAACUCUAGACUCCUUGGUACUGUGUAUUGUAGUUCCUUACAUAUUUGAUAGGUAGGCCAAGACAUACAGACAUACAAUGCUAGCAUACUAGCUAUUAGCAUUGUUAACAUUUCCAUAUAGUUGGGAUUGUGCCAAAAUUAAAAUAGGUAGCAGUUAGGACUUAAGACAUUACAUAGUACCUAUUGUUAGGUAUUGUAUGUGUUUUAGCAUUUUGGAAGUUUGCAUUACACAUUGACAUUUAGCACUUUAGCAAUUGUUUGAUAGAUGUUCCCAUGUUUUUACAAGGUAUCCACGUAGGUUGCUAGCAUGCUAUCUAUUUGCAUUGUUCGCAUUCCUGUUUCGUUGGGAUACUGUCCAGCCACUAAGUUGGUGUGAAAUGCUGGGCCAGGCUUUAGCAUCAGGUAGCAGCCCAUUUACAAUGUACAUGGGAAUUUUCCUAGUUAUUAUCGUUUCUUCAUGACAAAACUUACAUGCUAAGCAGCUUCAUUAAAUAUUUAGGACUCUAAUGGAGCCAAGCAGUUUACUACUUUUGACAUUUAGCAUCAUUUAUUGAUGAGUUCAGUCAUUUAGUGUAAUUGCAUGUUUUGUAAAGGCACAUGCUAAAAACAUAUAUAAGAUAAUUCUCCUAAAGAAAUGUAGCAAUGACUGGUGGUCACAUGAUAUAUUGAUUUAUUAAGACGCUGGCUGUUAUCCCAAAUAGAAGAGACUGUAGUGACUGUCAGGUUUCAUUGUCUAGUCAUGAUGCUAAACUACGAUAAUCGUCCCUCUUUUAACAUAAGAAUAAAAAUCCAUGCUAGUUGCAAAGCUAAAUGCCAAGCUGAUGUCAUCCAACCCUUCAUUAGACUGGGAUAAGAUUAUUAUAAUAAAUAAUAGAUAUAAUAAUGUAACAUUCUAAAACAGAAAAGAGUGAGUCACUGUAGUAGAUGAUGUUGAAUUCACAUGUUUGCCUCUGUGUUUGUUAUUUUUAAGAUUUAAUUGGCUAAGUGCUAAAAUGGGACAAGAUUAGGGGGAGGGGUUGAGCGCGCUAGACAAAAGAGAGAGAGAGAGAGACAGCCUUGGAGGGAAGGCGGAGAAGAAGCGUUGUUCCGCCGGUGUCUCCUCUCCUCCUCCUCUUCGUCCUCCUGCUGCUGCCUCAAUGCAUCCCGCUACAAGCCACACUAAAUGCCGCAUAGCAGCCUGACUCGGCUCAGGCGUCGCCAUCAAAUCCAUCUGCAGCCGCCAGAUCAGCCGGAAAAUACCGGAACCUGAGCACCGGGGAGGAGGGAAGGGGAAACCUCCAUAGCAACAAACCAGUUCCGCAGCAUUAUUGGUGGGUGCCUCCCUCUUGCAUGCACACUCAUGGAUGAAGCAGACUGCAUGCAGCUUUUGUUCUAAUCCUGUCUGCAGGUUGUGAUCAGCCGCAUUCACGAGUCUAAUGCAGCACCGUGGCUUUUUAAUGUUCACUGAUUAGCACAUUCAGUGUGACCUUGUAUUGCAGCUUUGCUGCACAAAGGGGACUACUGGACCAAAAGCUGGACUUUGGGUUUGAGAUGCUGAUGAGGGAGGCUGCAGGUUGCUAGCAAGCUCAGCAGUCAACGUAUGACCUCGAGGCUUUACUCUUGACACGAGCUAACAUGGCAGGACAAGGAUCCAACUGGACAAUUGUUACUUGAUGUACUGGCGGAGGCUUCAGGGAUUGGGUCACUAGGACUCAUCAGGAUCCUUAAAUCAUCUCUGUCGUCAAAGUUGAACAUGUCUUCAUAGAAGAUCCUGAUCUCAUCUUUGCUAGCAGGAAGCUGGACCACUUCACAGUGUUUGCUUCUUGCAGUGAGUCAUCAUGAAUGGCAAGUAGUGGGACCGUGCUUUUGGACGCAACGCUGUCAUGUCUCUGAGUAAGACCAUCGAGCUGGAGCACUUUGAUGAACGAGACAAGGUUCGUCGAGGACGCUCCACCCGGGCUAAACGAGAUGACUCCUCCGGCGGGACCGGCGGCGGGUCAGGCCCGAGUUCACGGGCCAGCAGCCUGGUUCCAAGCCCGGCGCACAGCACCAACUGCAGCUACUACCGCACCCGCACCUUGCAGGCGCUCACCUUGGAGAAGCGGGCCAAGAAGGUGCGCUUCUACCGCAAUGGAGACCGCUACUUCAAGGGGCUAGUCUACGCCGUCUCGAGCGACCGCUUCCGCUCAUACGACGCGUUGCUCAUGGAGCUGACCCGCUCUCUGGCUGACAACCUGCACCUGCCGCAAGGAGUGAGGACCAUCUACACCAUCGACGGCAGCAGGAAGAUCAGCAGCAUGGACGAGCUGCUGGAAGGCCAGUGUUACGUGUGUGCCUCCAACGAGCCUUACCGCAAAGUUGACUACACAAAGAUCUCCAUCCCGAGCUGGAAACCCGGCGCCAGUUCCGGAGGCGGCACGGCGGGGUCAAGCAGGCCCUCCGGCACGCCUGCUGGGGGUCCGGCCGCCAACGCUGCCGGGUGUGCCAAAGAGCGUCCAGAAGGCCGAGAGAGCAGAGAGAGCAAAGACUUCAUCAAACCCAAAUUGGUGACGGUGAUCCGCAGCGGUGUGAAGCCUCGCAAGGCGGUACGGAUCCUCCUGAACAAGAAGACGGCACACUCCUUCCAACAAGUGCUGGCCGACAUAACCGAGGCCAUCAAGCUGGACUCUGGAGCCGUGAAGAAGCUCUACACACUGGAUGGAAAACAGCUCACCUGUCUGCAGGACUUCUUCGGCGAUGACGACGUCUUCAUGGCGUGUGGCCUGGAGAAGUUUCGCUACGCUCAGGAUGACUUUGUGCUCACUCACGGCGGCAAGACGGCAGCCUUUGUGAAUGAGUGCCGAGUUAAAGGAUCUCGUCCCGCCGCGUCUCAGAGGACAACACCUCCCAAGAUCCCCAGCGGCUCCGGCUUGUCCUCCUCCAAGGCUUCAGCCAAAGCAGGGGCUCAGUCCAGAUCGCCGGGAUCAGCCAAUGAAGCGUCGGGAUCGCAGGCAAGGUCGUCCAGGUCCAGCCCCUCGCCCACGAGUCCCGGCACACGGCGCAGCCUAAAGGUUUCUCCUCGUCGCACUUCUUCCACAGACGUCAAUGGCGAGGCGGAGCAGGCCGAUGACGUGGCUCUUGAAGGUGACGCUGAAGUGAACGGAAAUCUGGUGGUGUCGUCGUCCAUCAUCAGCAGCAAGUACAAAAUCGGGAAGGUCAUCGGAGACGGAAACUUUGCGGUGGUGAAGGAGUGUGUCGAGAGAUCCACUGGACAGGAGUUUGCUCUGAAGAUCAUCGACAAAGCUCGCUGCUGCGGGAAGGAGCACCUGAUAGAGAACGAGGUGGCAGUCCUACGUAGGGUUCGACAUCCCAGCAUCAUCCAGCUCAUCGAGGUGGACGAAACACCCUCUCAGCUGUUCCUGGUCAUGGAGCUCGUCAAGGGUGGCGACCUUUUUGACGCCAUCACGUCGUCCACCAAGUAUAGCGAGCACGACGCCAGCGCCAUGGUCUUCAACCUGGCUGGAGCCAUCAAGUAUCUGCACAGGAUGAACAUUGUGCACCGAGACAUCAAGCCAGAGAACCUGCUGGUGUGCGAGUAUCCAGACGGCACCAAGUCUCUCAAACUGGGAGACUUCGGCUUGGCCACAGUGGUGGAGGGGCCGCUCUACACCGUGUGUGGAACGCCCACCUACGUCGCCCCGGAGAUCAUCGCUGAGAGCGGUUACGGUCUGAAGGUGGACAUCUGGGCGGCAGGCAUCAUUACCUACAUCCUGCUUUGUGGAUUCCCACCAUUCAGAAGCGAGAACAAUGUCCAAGAGGAACUGUUUGAUCAGAUCCUCCAAGGGAAGCUUGAGUUCCCAUCUCCAGACUGGGACACAAUCAGCCUGCCUGCCAAGAUGCUGAUCAGUCAGAUGCUGCAGGUGAAUGUGGAUGCUCGCUUCACAGCAGAGGAGGUUCUCUCACACCCUUGGGUGACGGAUGACGCUCCCAUUGACUCCAGCAAUGAAGAGGCUGCCGGCGAGGACACAGAACAGGAAUCUCCGGUGUUGGAAACUAAACAGGUUCCUUCCCCACUGGUCUAGAAGACCACCAAGCUCCCAAGUGGACCACAACUUGUCCUUUUGUUAAAGCAACUUUUCCACAUCCUUGAGUUGAACUUGAUCCAAUUUUAACCAUUUCCCACUGCUCAAAUGGAUUAUAAUCCAGUAUUUUGGGAAUGUCAGCAUCCAGACCAAUGAGGAGGAAGUCCUGCUGCGGCAUCAGGAAUAGGAUCUCACCGGCUUGGAAUACUUCAAACAUGGUCCUGCAAACUUUCCGUGCAACCUCAAUGUCUUCCACCUUUUCUGGGAAAACACUCCAACCUUCUUUUUGUAUUGGUGACACCCCCACCCACAUCUCCCAAACUGAGGUCAUAAACACUGUGCCUGCCUACAUUGAUCCAUACAGGGUUUGGGACACUUCAACACGAGUGAUUAGUCAAUAUUUCCAGUUUCCAAAAGCUUUUUGCCUUGAUCCAACAAGAUGAAUGCUGUGUCUUAAUUGGUGUACUUUCAUACUUACACUUUUUGGGAGUGCAGCAGUGCGUUCACACUGAGAAGUAGGGCAAAAUGCAGUGCACUGUCAGUACCCAGAUGUAGCACUCAAAACGGUGGAAAUGGUGAGUGCAGUGCUAACACCCUCAAUCAUCGACAUCGUGGCUAUAUGUAGCGAAAAGGGAAGAACUACUUUCCAAACUUCUAAAUGAGGGAAAAAGCAGAACUGUCAUUUCCAGCAAAAGGUAACAGUAAUCCAGAGGGGACAGCACUACACUGUCAAAAUUCACACACUCAGGAACUAAGUACACAGUGUACACAGUGUGAUUAUUGAAGUGUACUGAUGGAAGUAUUCCAUUUGAGACACAAUCUGUUGUAUAAGUUAGCCGUCACGUGUCUGUUGUGAAGUAGGAAAACGUAGCAGCUUAGGAAAAAAAACACAACGGUCAGUGAGCCAAUACAAAAAAAUGGAGGUGUUAUUUAAUAAUGGUAUCAUGACAUCAUCACCCAAGCCAUCAUGCCGUCUGUCUGUUAUUAAGGUACAGGAAGACAAGUAAGGAGCUUUAAAUGAGUGACUUGAUUUCUUUUUUUCCUGCCCAAUGCAGUCUUAUGACAUUUGAACCUAGCACCACCUCUCCAUGGCCUUGACCUUUGGGCCAGAGCCACCGAUGAAGAACUUGGCAUGCUAGCUCGCAUUCACCAGCGGCUCUCGCCCACUUGCCUGCGAUCAACCCAGUCGUCUUAAUUUUUAGCAGUUUUCUCUCAGCCGAAAGGAGCCUUGUGUUAGCCAUAUGCUAAAAGCCUGCUUUCACUUAGCUUGAUGGCCACAAAUAGGUGAAAAAAGUAUUAUAAAACUUCAACAAUGAAGUGUCCACUUUGGAAACACUUGACCCAUUUGGCUUUCAGUGGGCCAAUGUGUGUGUGUGUGUGUGUGUGUGUGUGUGAGAGAGAGAGAGAUCAUCAUCAUGCCUUGUCAAUGUUUUCCAUCAAGUGCAGUAGAUGAACUAGAAAUGACCUGAGAUGUUUUUUUCCGAAAAGAAUCAUGAACUGUUCAUGACAAAUUGCAUUUGUGUGUUUUUAGCCCGAUCUUUUCCAUAACUGCUCACCCUAAAGAGCUUUUAGGCAAAAAAAAAAAUUUAAAAGUCCCAGUGGGGUGAGGACAUUUUAACCACAUGAUGUGAUAUGAUGAGUUCAAAGACCAAACCCUGAUUUUAAAAUUGAAGACAACUGUGAAAUUAAAUAAAACUACUGCAGUAAAAACAUCUAUU